AUGAUUUGUUCCUUUGACUGGACCGCGAUGUCUGAGAAACAGCAUGACGGGUAUUCAGUCGUUCUAGCAUACGACGACGGCGCUCGUCUAAUGGAAUCGCAUCUCCAGAUGCCGGAUGAUCCGAAGAUGACAUUUCGACUGUCCCAAAAGGUUUCUCUUAGAUGUUCAGUCCGUUCUUACAAAUAA